AUGAACCGAUCUCAGCCUUCAUACCCAUCGCCGCGUGGCUAUUCCUCCGGUGACCUUCCAGCCAACAUGCAAGACGCACCUUGCAACCCAGCAGGAGGGGUCAACUAUCCACAGGACCAAUGGUUGCUGCAGCAGCCUACACCAUCAUCUCUGACCUCGACACCACAACCGGCACAGACUCCAUUUGGCAACCCGAGGAAGCCAGUUAGAGCAGGUAUCCGAGAAAAGAGAUACGACAACCAACCAAAGGUAUACCAUGAGAUCCCGUCUUUCCCAUCAUUCGACGAACCUGUUCCGGACUCGGCAUCAUUGGAGGAGAUCUGCGCAAGAUACCCCAACCAUCUUCGUGGGAAAUACCUAGAUGCCUUCAUUCAAUGGUACUGGACUGCCAACGACAUAUUCAGUCGCCUCCACCCUCUAGCGAUCCAAGAGUUCAAGCAAUACGGCAUAGCCACCUGUUCGACUCACAACAAUCGAGCGAAUUUCCUGUUCAAGCGCCUCGACACAUAUCUGAAGAACAUGACAGCAGAUGAGGUCAAGCAGCUCUGCCUUGCGCCCAAGAUCCGCAAAUGCCUGGCCGACGGCACUGAGCGGUAUGGCGGCUCCAAACUUCAAGGCAAAUUCAACAAUCCCUAUGCUCAGGAGGUGAGAAGAUUUCCUCGACGGCGUGACAAUAGAACUGCAAGUGGCACAGCAGCAGGACGACCAGCCUUUCUGGCCCCAAAGCCACAGGAAUUCCCUGUUUGGGAGUCAAUCGAAGCAUUCAACACAUACAAGACUGCAAUGGCUCAAUAUUGGUCCCAACAAUGGCAGUGCGCAGACCUUAUCAUUGAUGCCGAUGCACAUCUUUCCAAUAUCGGGCCAACUGAGCGAAAUGCCUUGAUCCUUCAAAUUGCACAGUUACCUGCCUCGCAUACCCUCCAGACUCUUUUCCAAUACCAUUCGGCUGAAGCUUGUCCUGCUUUCCUCCAGCUGAUCGACUCCAAGGUCAAGGCUAUCUUCAAUGACAUGGUCUCAACGAAUUUACAUUCAGUUACAGCUGAUCUGCUGAGCCUGAACCGACAAUAUGCAGUGUCUAUCGUACUGUCUCAGCAAGAAGCCAUAUGUGCCAAGCUGCGUGAGCUCACUGCAGGUCUGGACAAUGUUCUGCAGAACGGUCAGAAGAUAGUCGGACUUGUUCAUCAGGCUAUCAAGGCGAAUGCGGGAUUGGCAGGGAGUGAUGUUCCUGCUACUACUACAUCACUCAAGCGAUCUAUUGGGGAGGUUGAGACCGAAGAUAUGUUCCCAAAGAGAGUAAAGCUCGAAAAUUCCGACAUGCAAUACCAUAACCAGGUCCUGCCGAGUGGUGGCCUGGUUGAGAUGUGCGAGCCAAACGACUUCGACAAGGAACUGGACGAAUGCAAUGCACUUAUGCAGCAAGAAAAUGCUCAGCUUUUGAUAUCUCAAUGCACCAAUAGCAGCGAGAAUGUCGUGCAAUGGUUGCAAGGUGUUUCUUCCACAAUUUCGCCUCCGCCUUCUCAGAUUCCUCCUCCUGAAUGUUCCUCAAGCAACGGUAACAGCAAUAACAUGGUCUUCGACAACGAACAUAUCCAGAAAGCUGAGAGUACAGAUUCAGGAUGGCCUCCAGAGAUUCUCGACGAGGUCGAAACAGCACAAUCUUCCAUCCACGGAGCAGGAGACCCUGAUGUCCAGAUGUCGAACCAAUAUUUGCCUGCACCUGUACAACUUCAGAAUCAACAAACAGGAUCAGGCAUGUACUAUUCAUUGGAUGUCUUGCAGAACCCCGGUUCGGUUGUCUUGAGUACUGACCCAGACUGGCUGAAGCAGAUGUUGGAGGAGAAACUUUAA